AUGGGCAUUACUGACUCCAACGAAUGUCUCGCUGACCGGAACAUUCUACAGUUUAAGGAGACCGUUAGGAAGUCAGGCGGCCGGUACUCGGUGGCCCUACCAUGGAAAGAAGAUCGCAAGCAUCUUCUAGGCGACAAUCGGGACACAGCAAUUAACCGGCUCCAUAAGCUCGUCAGAAGACUCUCGCAGCAUGAUGGCCUAAUGGAGAAAUACGACACGACCAUACGUCAAUACUGGCAAAUGGGACAUGCUGAAGUGGUGCCGGAGCGACAAUCUGAUAAUGCCGUGUACUACAUGCCGCAUCGCGAGGUUGUACGAGAAGACUCACUCACCACGAAACUGCGAGUAGUGUUCGACGCCUCGUCCCAUGGAAAGGGAUAUAUGUCACUGAACGACUGUUUGGACAAAGGUACAAAGCUGAACCCGGAUCUGCUUCGAGUGUUGCUUCGUUUUCGACGCCACCCGAUAGCCAUCAACGCCGACAUCGAGAAAGCUUUCCUGCAGAUAGAAAUACAGGAAUCGGAUCGAGAUGUAUUUCGGUUUCUAUGGUUCGAGAACGUGCCCCGUGGUGAAAACGACAACAUUAUCGAAUGGCGAAUGACACGUGUGCCAUUCGGGUCGACAUCAAGCCCUUUUCUGCUGAUGGCAACGAUACACCACCACCUGGACAACGUAAGCGGUGAGCAAAAAACAUUGGCCCGGACGCUGAAGCAGAGUUUCUACGUGGAUGACCUGCUCGUAGGAGCCGACAGUUUUGACGAAGGCUUAUACGUGUACGAGAAGGCAAAGUCGAUUUUGGAAGGCGCUGCGAUGAACCUUCGGAAGUGGAAGACAAACAACGCUCAACUCCAGGAAGUGUUCUCGAAAAGCGAAGAGUGCCUGGAAGGAUUGGACAGUACUUCAGCAACGAUUCUAGGGAUGCACUGGAACACCGAAGAUGAUUACUUGGCAUGUUCUUCAAAGUCUGUCACGCAGUUCCUGCUUUCGGUCAAGGAGGACUCAAAGCGGACCAUCUUAAGAACAGCUUCCAGAAUAUUCGAUCCUCUCGGCAGGGGAACCGUCACCGGUGUGCCCGGCUCAAUUUCUCACCGGGAGUUCAAUCCUGGCUCAUCCGGAUCCUAG